AGCUAUAUCACGGAGGCGAAUGGUUUACCGUAUAAAAUAAAAGACUGUUACAUCGGAGAGGGAUUCUCGUCGGAGCACAGAAGCAAUUGCAAAGGGCGCAGAAUAGCCCUUAUAGCAAUUUUGGCACCAGCGGAGCCCAGCUCUCAACCCUCAGAUACGCUCCUUGAGCCCUCUCCUGUCUCUCUUUAUCCCCGUGUGUCAAUUCAUUUGUGCGGUCCAAGUCAAGUCAGAUCGCACUCCGUUGAAAUGCGAGCAUCAUAAUAAAGACCGCGCACCUUCAAUAGAGGGGACAGAGACAUAUUUAUGCAAGUGUGUGAACGGGUUAGACAGCGAGCAGGGAACAGCAGAGGAGCACACCAGCCGGUGCGGAAUGUGUUUGGAAAGCAGCUAAAACCGAGACAGAGCUGCGCUGCCUCUGGAGUCGCUUUUAGUCUGGGGACAGAAACCUAAAAUAAAAUGGGCGCUGGCAGUGUGGACCUACUGGUCACUCUCCAGAUCCUGCCCGGUUUCUUCUCCAACUGUUUGUUCCUCGCGCUCUACGACUCGGUGGUGCUGGUGAAGCGCCUAGUGUCCUUACUGAGCUGCUCGGGCAGCGGAGGGGGAGAGUGGCAGCGCAUGCUGACCUCGGCAGGGCUCCGGUCCAUAUGGAACAGCUUCCUGCUGGAUGCAUAUAAACAGGUUAAACUGGGUUUUGAGGCACCCAACUCCAAAGUGGUCAAGGUUCCUGGUAGCAUCCGGCGGCGAAGCAGCUUGACCAGCACCACGGGCCCUCAUCCCUGGGACGAGUGCCGCCUACUGGACUUCGAGUCGUCGGACCGCCCUCUUGUGGUGAAUUUCGGCUCGGCCACCUGACCCCCCUUCAUCAGCCACCUGCCCGCCUUCCGGCGGCUGGUGGAGGAGUUCUCAGACGUGGCUGACUUCCUGCUGGUCUACAUCGACGAGGCACACCCCUCGGACGGGUGGGUGGCGCCCGCCAUGGGCCCGCGCUCUUUCGAGGUCAGGAAGCACCGAUCACUGGAGGAGAGGGUGGUGGCGGCCAAGAAGCUGAUUGAGUCCUUCAGCCUGCCAUCUCAGUGCCAGCUGGUGGCUGACUGCAUGGACAACAAUGCUAACGUGGCCUACGGUGUGUCCAACGAGAGGGUGUGCAUUGUGCAGAGGAGGAAGAUCGCCUACCUUGGAGGGAAGGGACCCUUUUUCUACAACCUGAAGGAUGUGAGGCAGUAUCUGGAACAGAGCUACGGCAAGAGAUAGGACCAGAUAGACAGGAAGAGAUGACCAACUAAACGAGGCUGGAAAAGAGGACGAGAUAAUGUUUAUUUUUGUAUAAAAGGAGAAUUAAAGGAAGGUGAGGUGCUUUCAAAACUGGACUGUCAACACUCAGAACAGAACAUGUUACAGGUUCUAAGGUUCCAAAGUUCCAAAUCUCAUGAACUUCCUUUCUGGAAGGAGACCAACUUUCCACUAGAGAACAACAGAACAGAACCAAUAGACUUAAGAGCCUGGACUGAUGCUCUGCUACCUAAGUUGCCUGAAAGAAGAGACUGAAAAGGUUAACCGCUGACACGCUUUAUCAAUGCCUUCAUCCCCGUUUGCUAAUCAUGAAUAAGUUCUCUAGUUAUACAGUCCUCAUUAACUUCUAACCUGGCACCUUUCAAAAUGAAAACCAAAUUACUGAACAGAGUAGAAAGCAAAAGUACCCAACGAUAUAUAAAUAUAUAAAAUAUGAUAUUAAUUUAUUUAUAUGGUUGUUAAUGUUUGUUUUUACACCAUGGUAAUAUUUUGUAUGGCGAUGCACUUGUAACGCUUUUUUAUUUAAGAAGACAUUGUGUCAUACUCCCAUUUUGUGUGUAUGAGGGGGUGUUACAACACUAUUCAUAACAACGUAGAGUAGACUGCUUAGAACCACCUGGACUUAGAAACUUCCUGGUACAUCUUUCAUGUUACCACACCACCUAGAAAACAGAGGUUAGCGCCGUAUCGAUCUCCUCCAUAUUGUCGAUUUAAACCUGACAGACGAUGCGAGAGGUAGAGAAGGAGAGAGGGAGGAAAGUGAACUGGAGAACAAAGCACAGCAUCAACAGCAUGUUGGCCAGAAACGGAGGCAAUAUGUGUCCUGUAGAUAUUACCAAGGAUACAUAGCUAGCUAGCUGUAAUCCCAGGGCUAUUUGCUGUUGGUGAGGGUUUGUGUUAGCGAUGUUGGUUAGCGAUAAGGCAGGGGUGUACAGAGAUGUAAUGGGUUGACGGAGAUGACCAUGUCUCCAAGACCUGAGGUGAGUUUCCCGAAAGCUUUGUGGCUAACGUGUUACUGAUUCUAUCUUGACGGCCCAGACUUGUGCUACGUGUAGACCAUCAAACAUUGCAUUUACAAUUGGUGCUCUCAUGGUUGAGUUGUCAAGAUAAACAAAGUGCCUCGUUCACCAUGAAGUUGUGGUACACUGUGGUGUGUGACAGGAGUUGAGACACGCUAAGGACAGGUGGUGUCUAGAUGGCUUAAGAAGGUGUUUCGGAAGGGGUGUGUGUCAGCUGUAUGGUGUGACGUGACUGAAGAGGUUUUUAGUUGUCCAUGGGAAAGACAGGCAGACAGACAUUUGGUUUGGGUCGAGACGGGGCUGGUGUGAGAAUGAAAACCACUGACUAAAGGGUUACUGACUCUGUUUGUGGUCGGAUGACAGACCUCACCUCCCUGACGUAGACUCAAACCAACACGUCUUUUAACAUCAUCAAACCAUCCAACAUUCACAAACAAUUUCUAGGAGAGGUCCAUAAAACUGACCCCCCCCCGUCCCCGUCUUCAUCCAUAUACUCAAUCCUGUGUAGUGCUGCUUUUCAAAAAAUACAGGAGAGUAGAGGAGAGACGGAAAGUAAAAUAAAGUUGUUGC